AUGAUCGCGCACAUGCGGACGGAGAUCUCGGCGCUGCACUUGCACCAGAGCGCCUCCUUCCGCACUGCGCCCUCGGCCUUCCGCACCAUGAUGUGGAGCAUCGCUGGCACCUUCCGAGACGCUGAGAUGCGGGGGAAGUCGCCGCAGGAGGUCUCCCUGCACAAGCUGUGGAUGAUAGGCUGCAAGAACGUCGCGGCCAUUUUGCGGUGCGCCUACAUGUUGCUGGAGAUGUGUCAGGCCACCGGCGGCCGCAGGUACAUUCUGGAGGCCUUCUCUGGACGCAUGUCCGCGCAAUCGCUGCUGCCCAGGAUCGUCACCAUGGUCUCUGCUUUGCAGACCCUCGGUAAGCGCUUCCACGGAAAGGUGGAUGUCUCUUGCGCGUUGCUGCCCAAGAAGUUCAUGAAGAUGUGCACUUCGGCCAUUCAAACCCUGCCACUUUGCCAGAGUCCUGAUGACAUAGAGAUCACCUUGGCCCCUCGUGAGCAAGACCGCCGCGAGCGUGAGCUGGCAACUCUGGACCGAGAUCGCAUGAGCACCAUGGGACUGAUAGGCUCCUAUGCCUGCAAAAUGGUGGUCCACCCCAUGCUGGGCUUGCUGCAAGUGGCCGGGCAAAGGCCCUUGGCCAAAGAGGAGGUUUUGGUGUGCAAGGAGUUCGCGCUGCUCACCACGUCCUUGGUGCAGAGUUUGUUCGACAACGAGAUGCGCUGCGUGUCCAGCUCCAACUCGCAGGGCCACGGUCACGGUCACCGCACCCAUGCAGCCUUGACCGACGGCAAGGCCGACGCCAAAGCCGAUGCCAAGGACAAGCCGGGCGAGAAGGAGAACGGGACGGAAGCGGUGGUGGCUCAAGGAGGAGCCACAGAGUCGCAGGUGGCUGAGGUGAAGGAGGUGUCCAAGAGCAAGUCCAAUGCGCUGUCCGAGGCCGCUAGGGCAGAGGUGGUGGAGGAGGUCAUCCCGGCGAUCAACAUCAAGGCCCUGGUGCAUUUGUUGCUCUAUGCCAUGCAUCAGGAGUCGAUCGCCUUCCGCCACGGCUCGAGGGCAGAGAUCCCGGUGCGCCACAUGUCCACCAUGGUCAACUGCAGCAUUGCCUCGCUGGCUUCACUCAUGAGCCUGACAGGCACCAGCCACAGCAAGAAGUUGCCCACAGAGGCGGGCGCGGAUCAGGGCCGGUCCUGCGACUACGACGUGUGCGAGGCGCUGUCCCAAGCCAUGACGGAGGGCUCGCAGCUGGUGCCCAAGGCUCGGCUGGCGCAGCUCCAGGCGGAGAGAAGUGUGGAUGCCCUGCGGCCAGUGGUGCAGCAGAUGAUCGAGGACGGCUCCUUCGAUACGGAUCGGAAGCUGUACCGCACCGAGCGCGUCAGCACCAUCGCCUACGUUUGGCUCAGAGACAGCGCAGAGAAGGAGAAGCGUCGGCUGCUGGUCACCACCACGCGCUUUCGUUUGGCCGUGCUCGAGCCCAGCGAUGCCUCCUUACCCGGCAGGUCAGAGCUUUGUCUCUCCAGGGGCGUGAGGGACAUGCGGGAUAUCCACCGCGGGGUCUUCCAUCGCAGGAUGCGGCAGCUGAUGCUGCUUCUUUGGGAAGAGGGAGCGGUUGAGGGCAAUUCCACGGAGGCGAUGAUCUUUGACAGUAGCCAGCGGCAGCGGUGGUUCGUGCAGGCCCUGCGACGAGUGCCCAGAGGUCGGAAGGAGUCGGAGGAGACGACCCGGCCCAGGAAGAACGCCAUGGGCAUCAUUUUGCGGAGCACUGGCAUCCUGGAGGUGACGCUGAACCCCGCGCCGCUGGGCUCGCUGCUGGAGACUUGCCAAGUUCGGCGUGGCGGUAUCCCUUUGGUAGGGGUCGCCUUUGUGGAGGGACAGGACUCAGAUCUGGAGCUCCUGGUGCUCACCCGGUGCAGCUUGACGGUCGUGCCGUUCCACAGCUUCUGGGGCAAACUCAGGCAAGGCGACGCUGGCUACUACGAGAAGGAUGAGAGCAUCAUCCAGUUGAGCAUGGAGACCGACUCAGAGGACGACCGGCUGCCUCCCUUCAAAGAGAACCUGGUCGCAGCCACCAAUGACACGGAAGAGAAGUGCGAGGCGAGGCAAGGGCCCUUUGACAUCGAGGAGCUUCAGGGAGUUUGGUUUCUGUCGGAGGCAGUUCCGAAGGUGCGGCUCCAGUUCAACUCCAUGCUGGAGGUCACCUUCACCAGCGACGGCGAGCGCCAGCGCUUCCGCCGGCAGCUGGCCUUUAUCCUGGCGGAGGAGUCGCACUCCCCACGGGGGAAGAAGCCGCAGGCGUGGACGGUGGUCCCCACGGACCAGCAGGACCUGAAGGCGAUCCAGAAGAGCGCCCAGCCCAAGGCCAAGGCCAAGGGGGGUCCGGUGUAA